GUUGUCACAAGCGCCGGAGACGCGCAGUGGAAGUGAAGCGCAACCCCGUCACGUCCCUUUACCGACCGGGGCGGGCUCUCGGUUGCACCGAACCCAGCGCUACGGAAUCGGGGCAGUUUCGUGUUGUUUACCUCCGGGAUGGCGUUCAUGGAGCAGCAGACGGCGCCGUUGUCCGGCAGGAAGUCGCCGCUGGACGACACCGUGCCGCUGAUCGCCGUGAUCGAGGCCAGCCAGAGUUUACAGUCGCACACGGAGUACAUCAUUCGGGUGCAAAGGGGGGUUUCCACAGACAACAGCUGGACGGUCAUCCGACGAUACAGCGACUUUGAUAUGCUAAAUAACAGUUUACUGAUCUCUGGUCUGAACCUGCCACUUCCUCCUAAGAAGCUGAUAGGAAACAUGGACCGAGAGUUUAUAGCUGAACGGCAGAAGGGUCUUCAAGCCUAUCUCAACUACAUCACGCAUCACCACGUCCUGUCCAGCUGCGAGCUAGUCAAGAAGUUUCUCGAUACUAACAAUUACUCCGCAAAUUACACAGAAAUCGCCUUACAGCAGGUGUCCAUGUUCUUUAGAUCUGACCCAAAAUGGGAGGUCGUCGAGCCUUUAAAAGACAUCGGCUGGAGGUUACGAAAGCGGUACUUUUUAGUCAAAGACAAAGAUCAGCCCAAAGACAAACUAGUUUUAAUUUGGGUCGAUUUGGGUCCGGAUAAAUUCUUGUCGGACAAAGAUCUCCAGUCUGCAAUGAAGCUGCUUCCUAGUUUGUCUCAUCCAAACAUCUCUACGGCCAGUUUCGCCACCGCGAGCGAAUCGUCUGCACUAAUAAUUCGGGUUUUCAUCGAGAAGGGAACGCUUAGGGAUCACAUUUGCAAAGUGAAGCCAAAAGAACCCUUUCUGAAGAAGUACUGCAAUCCCAAAAAGAUCCAGGGUUUGGAGCUGCAACAGAUCCGAACAUAUGGAAGACAGAUUCUGGAGGCACUGAAAUUUCUCCAUGAUAAGGGUUUCCCGUACGGACAUCUCCACGCAUCUAAUGUUCUGGUAGAAGAGAACACGUGCAAACUGUUGGAUAUAGAGAAUUCAUUACUGGGAUUGGCGUCAUAUUAUAGACCAUAUUUCACACAGUUCAGGAAAAUUAACACAACAGAAAGCAUUGACGUCUAUUCAUUCGGACACUUGCUUUAUGAAAUGAUGUACGGACGCCCGCCGGAUGCUGUACCUGUGGAUCAGUACCCUCCCGCUCCGUUCCCCUCCGUAGUAUCUGUACUUCAAUCCAUUCUGUCCACUGAUGCUUGCAAAACGGGAAUGCCAACUGUUUCCCAGCUCCUUCAAACACCGUUGUUCAGUGACGUGUCGCUGUUUAACUCAGAGAAACCCCAGUUUAAGAUCAGCUCCAAAUUAAAGGAGGCAUUGAAAUUGUCUAAAGAAUGUUUAGAGAAGCGUCUGGUGGAGGAACAGAGGACGAUCCAUCAGCAGAAGAGGCUGUCUAGAGCACAGUCACACCACGGGUCUGAGGAAGAGAAGAGGAAAAGGAAGAUCUUGGCCAGAAAGAAAUCCAGACAGUCGACUUACGAAAAUGAAGAGGAUCUCUCUGUGAAAUACAAUAAUAACUCUGCAGGUUCUGGGGCGAGUUCACCUCCCACCUGUCCGUCCUCACCCACCCCACCUCCUGGAUCAGGAGCGCCUCCAGCACCUCCUCUUCCCACUCCUGCUGCUCCGCCUCCUCCACCACCUCCCCCUCCUCCAGGGACCGACCCCAGCCCGCCAUCCCUCACACCCCCCAGUGCCAACGGCGUGGGCCGAGGGGCUCUUCUCAGCUCCAUCCAGUCCUUCAACAAAGGCAAACUUAAAAAAUCAGAAACCGUCGAUCACAGAGGUCCACGCUUGUGAAGAAGUCUGGAGCGAAAAUGCGGCAAUUCGUACACUCGAACUGUUUCAUGGCUUUUAGCUACGUGCGUCCAGCGGGCGAAGAAUGACUUGUAAAUGUUUAUAUUUAAACCUCUAUGAUGUUUGUUCACUUGUUUGUUUGUUUUAUUUCCAUGAUAAUUGAGUCAGCGUUUUUCUUAUGCUGCUCAAAAAAUUCUGCUUGGACCAGCUGUCUGGCACAUUUAUUAUGAAUAAAAACUGGAUUUUAUGGUUGGUUCAUAAAACGCGCAGCAGAGUUAUAUUUUCAAUGAUUUCAUGAGGUGAAUUGAAUCUGACAUUUUAAUUCUACGACUUGCAGUAUUUUGCUGUUUUGUUUUCCUAUUUGGUUCAUUUUGGAGAAUUUGGUGUGAGGAUUUUUAGCAUUUGCCGCAUUUACCAUUGUGCCUACAAAAGCUGAGAGCGUUCUUUGUUCUCUUUGUAAUUUGGAGCUGCAUUGUUCAUAUUUUCUCUUUAGAUCAAUAUUUGUAUGCCUGUUCUGCAAGAUCACAAUCAGUACGUUGCACAAAUAAUAAGAAAAUGCAUUUAUUUUUAUGCCCCUUGCGACACGCUGUAUGAGACGACUAUAAAAGUACAUUUACUGAUUUACCAUUGAUAUAAUUGUAUAAUGGCCAUUGUGAUGUCAUUUGUGCAAUCCAUUCCUAUUGGUCGUUAUCAUUUUUAAGCAAGUGGGCUGAUAAGUAGAAAAUCAAUUCUAAAUUUGCACACCUGUUGGAAGAAAGAAACUUCUUCAGGGUCAACUUGAAAACAAGAUCCAGUUAUAACCCUGAAUGAUGUACAGUCAUGCACAGUAGUUCACCUUUAACGUCAUGUUUUGCUCUUGUGACAGUAAAACCAUUUGUAUAUAGACUCAUAGCAGUUAAAUACAGUAAUUCCUUGCUUUAUUAUUAUUGUGGGGGAAAAGUUGAACAAUGUUUUCAUUUUUCGCUGCAGCACUUUACCGCUGAAUAUUUAGCAGUGGUCCUGAAAAAAUAAAGUUUACAGAGUUUAUGUCAGUAGGGGACAAUGUCUUGAGUAUCUUUAAAAAUGAAGAAAUUUGCCCUCUGUAACGUUGCCACAACCAUAGUUAAAAGCACUGGAGGUGAACAUCCUCAAUGGUUAAAAAAACAAAUGUUUUUCCUGUUCUAAAACUUGUAUUGGCAAUAUUUUAAAAGAAUUCUAUUGUUGUGUUUUUAGUUGUAAACAUUGAAGUAAAGACAAAAAGUCAA